AUGUCUGACCUGCAUACAUCACGCCUUGAGACAGAAAGUGUGAAAAAGCAGCUUUCUGAUGCUUUGGCUCAGCUGAGCUUACGAGAUUCACAAAGGCAAAUACCUGUUGCAGUCCGUGGAAAAAAGGAACAGGACACAGAGAACAGCACAGUGGAGCAAGAUCUUCGAAAAGAGGUUGAAGACCUGAAGUUGAGGCUACAAAUGGCAGCUGAUCACUAUAAAGAUAAAUUUAAGGAAUGCCAGAAACUCCAGAAGCAAGUUGUAAAGCUUAAGAGUGUAGAAGAGAAACAAAAGGAAACAGAUGUACUUGUGUUGUCUGAGGCAGGAAAUGCAGAGGCUUUAAACUUUUCUCCAUCAGUGAAUCCAUUUUCUUCUGACUCUGUACCUGAAUUUGUGAUAAAAGAGCAAGUGGCAGAUAUGAACAAGGAAAUUGUAGAGAAAACAGAGAAAUAUCGAAAAUGCAAGCAAUUGUUGGCAAUUCAGUCAUCAGAGAAGGAUCGGGAGAUUUCAGAGCUCUCCUGCCAUGUCGAAGUGCUGCUAAGUGAAAAGAGCAGACUGGAGGACACUGUGAAGGAACUGGAAAUAAAUUUGGAAAGACUGUCAGAAAGGGUGGCCAGUGGUCAGACAUUAUCUGGAAGCAGCUCCCAGGGUUUGCAGUUUUUCAACCCUUAUUGUGAAGAGCACAGAGCUGUUCCCAUCAUACCAAUCCAGCCACCUGUACUG